AUGGGUGCUAUGAGUCCCAGAGGCCACAAGGCAGAACCCCAGGUGGUGAUGAUGGGCCUGGACUCAGCGGGCAAGACCACGCUGCUGUACAAGCUGAAGGGCCACCAGCAGGUGGAGACCCUGCCCACCGUGGGUUUUAACGUGGAGCCUCUCGAAGCUCCCGGGAACCUGUCGCUGACUCUCUGGGACAUCGGGGGCCAGACGCAGCUCAGGGCCAGCUGGAAGGACCAUCUGGAAGGCACAGACACCCUCGUGUACGUGCUGGACAGCACGGACGCAGCCCGCUUGCCGGAGGCUGUGGCUGCACUCACUGAGGUCCUGGACGACCCCAGCAUGGCCGGCGUCCCCUUCCUGGUGCUGGCCAACAAGCAGGAGGCGCCCGAUGCCCUUCCACUGCUAGAAAUCAGGAGCAGGCUGGGCCUGGAGCGAUUCCAGGACCACCGCUGGGAGCUCCAGGCCUGCAGUGCCCUCACUGGGGAGGGGCUCUCCGAGGCCCUGAAGAGCCUGCAGCGCCUUCUGAAACCCCGUAGCCACCUGUGUCCCCUGUGAGAGCCACAGAGGGGAGAGAGGGGAGGGCAAGAGAGCCCUAGCAGCCCAGAGCUCGGCUCGUGCAAACCAGAAAAACCAGCCACUCCCUGAGACCCUUAAGCUCUGUUUAUCAAAGAAAUCCUUCUGUUCUUGGAGA